GCAGAACUGCAUUCAUUCAAUAAAACAGACUUGAAUGGUUUGACAUUACUACGAAAGCGUAGCUUUAAACAUAUUUGUUUUCAUUCUACAGUUAUGAAAAAUUCGGAAAAAUAGUGUAAAUAUUGAGAAAAUAAUUAAUAUAAUUAAAAGCGGAUAUCAAUUUAAUAUGAUGAGUAGCGAAACUACAAUACCACGACAAAUUUCACCUAUACCAGAUGCUUCCCAGAUGGAAGUCGGUUCAGCUUCUGCCGAGGCAGCAGCGUCGUGUGCUUCACCGGAAUGUAGCACCGCAGCUUCAACGGAAAGUGUAACUACCGGUAAUACCAAUAACAAACGACAAUUAGCGCGAUUCCAUCCAUAUCAUGGCGCCAACAUUAUUUUAUGUGAAGACAAUACGGUUGCUUAUCGCAAAACAAGUUUUGCCGAUGCAGUUACGUUUUCAGAGAAACCACUACAACCGGGCGAAAUUUUUCUUGUGGAAAUUGAGAAAAAUGAACGUGGCUGGUCUGGUCACAUAAGAUUAGGUUUGACACAAUUGCUCCCCGAUGUGAUAGGAUCAAUGUCGGAAGGCUUGCCACAGUUUGCUUUACCUGAUUUGGCUAACUUAGGAACCAGUUGGAUUUAUCCCGUUUCAAAAUUUGAAUCUCAUUACUUAUCUCAUCGAAAUGGUGCAGGCGGUGGUGUCAUCGAAACAAAUUCGGUGUUUCAGAAUGCUACGGAGCCUGUGUCUGUCAUUGAAACGGAGUCAAAAUAUCGGAGUAAUAUAUUGGGAGAUUCUAUUUAUGUGCGCACUUCGCGUGGCAUGGUUCCAAAACGAUUACUGCGCCCAACUGUUGAUAAUGGCGAUGGUAAUACAGGUAUUUUGCUGACUGACAAGGGGUCACGUAUAGGCGUUGUAUAUGUGCCUACUGAAGCUGAUAAAGAUAAAGGAGAGAUGCACUUUAUUAUAAAUGGAGUUGAUCAGGGUCCAUGCACAAAGGAAAUACCUAUGGACAAAUCGCCACUUCACGUAGUCAUUGAUGUUUAUGGCACAACGAAACAAAUUCGAAUUAUACAACUUUACGGAAUUGUGUCCCUUCAAAACGCUUGUCGAGAUGCAAUUCUAUUGCACACAAAACGACAAAAUAUAGAAAAGUUGCCGCUGCCGGAACGACUCAAAAGCUUUCUUCGCCGCAAUGACUAGAUCCUAAAUAGCAUAUUUCGUUUUAAAAUAUUAUCUAAAACGACAAAUGAAAAUAGGAUGAGGACAGUGUGAAGUGUUGUUAAAAGCUUUUUGUUACGCCAGUCUUUAAGUGUUAUGUAAGAAUUAU